AAUGAACAUCUAGGGUUUUUGUUUCAGGACUCUCGAAGCAGAGCCGCCCACAUGAGUUCAAAAUCAAAUCGCAGCCGUCCUCUGGCGGCAAAGGCGAUUCCUCCUCCGUCCACGCCGUUAUCGGAAUCCGAUUACGCCUUCACCAUAACCAGAACAGCAGUAGCGCAGAUCUGCAGUUCAAUCGGAUUCACAGCGGCAGAAGGUCCUGUUCUCGGAAUCCUAACAGACAUCGCCGUCAGGUACCUGAGAACAAUCGCUAAGUCCGCCGCGGAUUCAGCCAACUCAGCAUCCCGUACCCAGGCAAAUCUCGUCGACACAAUCGCCGCCGUGGAUGAGCUGAGUUCCGUGAGUGGAUUCCCCGGAGCAUGGAGAGCUACCGGUUGCUUUCUCAACUCCGGCGCGGUGAAGAAACUCGAUACAUUUACGGAGGAUUCCAAGGAAAUUCCAUUCGCAAAACCGUUGCCUAGGAAAAUAUUUUCAGUAGGAAGCAGAAAAGGUAUGAGAAAUGUAGGUAGUAGUAAGAUUGAGUACAUUGGAGGAGAGAAGAAGCAUAUUCCGACAUGGCUACCAGUAAUGCCGGUGAUUGAGAAUCACGAGAAGGAAACUGUUGAGAAGAGAAGAAGGGAACUUUGGGGAUAUUGUGCUAAAACUGAGGAACCAGAGAGGGAGAAGAAAGAGGAGAAAAAAACUGAUAGUGGGGAAAAGGAAAGUAAAGGACUUGAAUUGCCAUUGAAGAGAGGGAAAGUGAGGUUUAAGAUUGGUGGUGGUGGUGGGGUGUUAGGUGUGUGUAGAAGUGGUGGAAUAGGUAAGAGAGUUUUGUGUGAGAAUUGGAAUUUUGAUGAUGAAAACUCAUCAAAACAAGAGCAGCUUUGA